UUCUUUUUCUGCAUCUAUUGAGAUGAUCAUGUGGUCUUUAUCUCUGGUUCUGUUGAUGUGAUGCAUUAGAUUAUGCCACAUUAUGAUCUCACUAGUGAUCCAAUGGUAUUAGUGAAUGCACGAUCCAAACACUUCCCAGAAGCCCAUAGCAACUAAAUACUCAACAAUGAGCCUUUGGGGGAACUUUUUAGAGCCAAACCAUUAAACUGUAGAAAUUGUCUUAAAGUUGAUUUCUGUACAUGUCAACAGAAGAUUUGGGGGAGUUCAUAGGGAAAAUCUACUUCCAUACACCAAAAAUCCUUCAUGAUUUCAUAAAUUUCACUUACAUAUUCAGUAAGCUUUGUUCUCAUCGUAAAAUUACCAAUUCUACUCUUGCACCUUUGUUACCUUCCCCAGUGGGUGGACAGAUUUGCACUUGAUCCACAGAGGAAGUAGACAGCAGGGUAAAGAGAGGGGCCUUCCUUCCUUCUGGGAGUAGAAUGUUUUGGAGAAAUUAGUGUGAUUGUAUAGUCCAGAAAGGAGAAAGAGAGGCUUUGAAAGAAUAUUUUUUUCUGGGGCUGAGAAUGUGACAGUGGCACAGUACCUGCCUGGCAAGCACACACACACACACACACAGAACGUUUUCUCUGAAUUUAUGUGGAGCCAAAAUGAUUCGUAUAAAGGAGAGUGCCCCUACCCACUGCUGUCCUGCUGCACAGAUUGAUAAAAUCAGAAUGAAUGUGUUCUGUGAGUGUGACUCAUUCAAACAUUUCUUCUCUUAUAGGUUAUCAGAAGAAAUGGCCAAUGGUUUUGAACCAGGUUUCUACAUAGAAGAACUUAAUAAGUACCAUCAGAAGAAUGGAGCAAAAGUUUCCUAUCAGAAACUGUCUGUGACAGGACCGGCGCACAGCUUAUUGUUUACAUUUCAAGUUACUAUAGAUGGUAGAACAUUCCCGGAAGGUGAAGGUAAAUCAAAGCAGGAUGCGAAAAAUGCUGCUGCCAAAUUAGCUUUUGAUAUACUUAAGCAAGAAAAAAAGGUAGGUAGUUCUUCAUCCUCAAUGACAAAAAACAUUGCAGAAGAAUCAGCCUUUGGGAAUUACAUAGGCCUUGUCAAUCGGAUUGCCCAGAAAGAGAAACUAUCUGUAAAUUAUGAACAGUGUGAUUUGAGGGAACAGGGGCUUCAAAGAUUUUGCUGUAAAUGCAAAAUUGGGCAGAAAGUGUACGGCUGUGGAACAGCUUCUACUAAACAGGAUGCAAAACAACUGGCUGCCAAACUUGCAUUUCAUCGGAUUUCAGAAGAAAAGUUAGAGAAAGCUCACCAGGCAUCUCAUGCUCAUUUUCCUGCUGAAUCCAGUGACUCUGGAAAUGGCUCUUCCAAAACGUUAACUUCUGAAUCAUCAUCUGAGAACGAUUUCUCAGCAAGUGCAUGUGGAAGUGAUCAGAGCACUAACAGCGACAGCAGUUGCUCUGCGAAUGGUCUUAGGAAUAAGCAGAAGAAGACAAAAGUAAAUUUGGCACCUAAAUUCGACCACGCUGAUGUAGAAGGAGACAAGCACACUAUAAAUGAAUGGUUUGCCAGUAAUUACGAAGACAGAGAACUAAUCGGCGAUGGUGGAUUUGGCCAAGUUUUCAAAGCAAAAUACAAAUUAGAUGGAAAGAUUUCCGUUAUUAAGCGUGUUAGAUGUACCGACGAGAAGGUACUGCGUGAAGUACAGGCGUUGGCGACUCUUAAUCAUACCAAUAUCGUUCAGUAUUAUUAUUGUUGGAGAGGACUCGAUUAUGACCCGGAGUGCAGCAUAAGUAGUAAUCCACGACCAAGGAGUUGUUGCCUUUUCAUCUCAAUGGAAUUCUGUGAUAAAGGAACAUUGGAGAAUUGGAUUUACCAAAGGGACAAAAACAACUCAGACAAAUCUUUGGCUUUGGAAUUCUUUGAGCAAAUAACAACAGGAGUACAGUAUAUACACUCAAAGAAUAUAAUUCAUAGAGAUCUUAAGCCACUUAACAUAUUUUUAGUAGAUGAAAAGCAAGUAAAGAUUGGAGACUUUGGACUUGCCACAUCCUUGAAAAAUGAUGAAAAACGAACGAGAGAUAAGGGAACUUGGAGGUACAUGAGUCCAGAACAGCUGGCCUCAGCCGAAGAUUAUGGAAAGGAAGUGGACAUCUUUGCUUUGGGACUCAUUCUAGGUGAACUUAUUCACAUAUGUUGCACCGUCCAGGAAACCAUGGAGUUUUUCAAUGAUCUAAGGAAAGGCAUCUUCUAUGAUGUGUUUGAUAGCAAAGAAAAAAGCCUUCUACAGAAAUUACUAUCACGGGAACCUCAAAGGCGACCUGACACACAGGAAAUCCUCAAGAUCUUGGCUGAGUGGGAGGAUGCCACAGAGAAAAAGAAAAGAAAUACCUGUUAGGGCCCUUCUAAAAAGUAUUAUUUCUGAUCUGUGUUUUCCUUUAAUUAGCUAAAGGCUGUUGAUAGAUAUUUCCUCUUAUUUUCAUUUUCUUCCCUUUUUUAAAAUUUCAGUUCAGAUAGGUUUUCAUUCAUUUUGUUUUUUGGGUUUUUUUUUUUUUUUUUUUUUAACUUCAAAAAACAUUCUUACACUUGAAGAGAUACAGAACUUAAUGAAAAUCCAGGCUGUGACUGUAUGGAACAUGGCAGUUUUAUGAAGCAGAAGUUUUUGAAAGAAUCUUUGGUGGCCCAUAUUCUCACAAUCAGAGGAAACUGCUUAUGAUAAUCUCACAGAAGGAUCCGUAUCACUCCUUUUCUCAGCACUUCAGUUACAACCACAUGAUGGAGGAAGUUAAAAGUUACGUGAAUCGUGUGCAAAAUUAAAAAUCCAUGAUGUGUUUUCUAAUGACGUAUCUUCAACUUUUCUCAUGAAGCAGCAAAAGUAGUUGGAAGUGAGAAAACAAGAAUAAUAACUUCUCAACACAAACCUAAUGGUAAUGAUAGUGAAACAGAAAGUGACGCUAAUUGGAAUAAAGGAAAAGGUCUCACAUGAAUCCCUUAUCUAAGUUGAAACAAGGAAGCUGUCAGCAUGAACUUAAUAAGAAAGGGAGAGUGGGAAUUCUUCAAAGUGGAGAAAAGGAAAACAGAAGAGAUACUGAAAGACCCUUCAAAGGACCAAUCAGUAACUCAUGAAAAAUAGCGAUUUAGGCAAAAACAGCAACGGCUUUGGGAAGAAGGAUAGUUAAAUAUUAUGAUUACUGCAUUACAUUUGAAACGUGCUGGUCACUUAUGUAUGUUAAAACUGUGGUUUAAAGCAUUUUUAUAUUUCAGUUUAACGAGGAUGUGUGCUGUAAAAUUAUAUGCCAUCAGCUUAUUCUUUAAGAAUUUGUUUGAUGAAAUGUAAAUUCAUUGAUCCCUACUCAAAUCCAGUACCCAACCCUGAAAUUCUGUCCUAAUGAAAAAAUAAAAAAACCUGACUAGAGGGAAAGAAUUGUUCUAUUUACCUAUUCUGUCUAUAGGCUAGCCUUGCAAGAUAAAACAUAAAAGUGAUUUUCUAAAUAACAGUAAUAAUAAUCCUAUGAGAUGAGAUGAUGAUUCAUGGCCUUGAUGUAGAGAUAUUUGUUAACAGAAUGAUAAAUGCACAAAGUAAUCUAUGAGUUUUGAUAUCCUUAAGUUUUUCUUUCAUAUUUUAAUAUCAAGGAAAAAACUUGCAAGCAGUAAUGACUACAGGACAAAGGAAGUAUAGCUUUAUGUUUCAUUUAGGAGUGAUUUCACAUAUAUUUAAGUAUUAAAACUUUAGUAAAAAUGGUUUUCAAUAAAGCUUCAAACUUGAAAAAAACCCAACUAUUUAGAAAAAGCCUGUUUAUAGGAGAAUCAGAAACAACCAUAAUGCCCAUCAAAAGGAAAAAAAGAUGAAAUGAAUUCACACAGUGGAGUGUUAUGCAGCACUGAAAAUUUAAAAGCCGGGUGUGGUGGCUCACACCUGUAAUCCCAGCACUUGG